AUGACGUCUCUUAGAAAAUUUCCAUUUUCAUUCGGCGUCGGCACUGAUAUAUGUCAGAUCUCCAGGAUUUAUAAAAUAAUAGCCCAGAAAAAAGGCUCUAAUUUCAUUCAUCGCCUCCUCACUAAAGACGAGAUAAACUCCAUUCGGGGCGCGUCUCAUGUCCUCGAACCCAUCUACUCGCGCCGGUACCUUCCGGAGCCUGAGCUGUUUCCAAAUGGAAAUAUCGAGGAAGAGAUUCCUGCAGUAGCGACUGCGGCUAGAUUUAUGGCUGGAAGAUGGGCCGCAAAGGAAGCAGUAAUAAAAUCCUGCAGUGCCCACAGGGUCAGCUUUCACGAUAUCGUAAUUACCUACGAACAUCAGCUAGCCGAGUCGCCAAAGGAGCAAGCAAUUUCGCCUUUAGAUUUCCAGGAAAUAAGAUCGCUGAGACAAACGGGCCGACCUGUGGCCAUUAUCAAGGGUCACGGCACUGGGGAUAUGUAUGGGCGCAUCAGUAUCAGCCAUGAUGGAGACUAUGCGGUUGCUACGUGCGUGACGUUCUGGGACGAACCGAGUCCUGAGGCGAGCAAGAUAAAUGGUGACAUAUCCGAAGUAGAUUAA